AGUCAAGAUCUCGGAAACUUCCGCCCGCAUCAAAAGGUUGCGAGAAGAAGGAUGGUGUCGGCGCGUGAAGUGGCGCAGGUCGCUGUAUAUGGGGGACCGCUGGAGAAGAAGGGACGGACGGGAUGGAAGAAGAAGUACUUCUACGUGACGACGACCCAGUGGAUCUACUUUGAUUCGAUGGACGCCACGACACCGACGUUUGCGAUAUCUGCUACGGAAAUUGUGUCUGUGGAAGAGCUUCAGGCGGCGAAUGCGACCUCUGGGGACUCGAGCCAUAGCGCUCCGUCGACGUCGUUCACGAACAAAGGGUUUGCGUUCAACGUGACGGUCGGCAAGAAGAAGACCGAGCUACGCGCGGCCACCGAGGACGACCGCGACGGAUGGAUCGGGGCGUUGAUGCCGUACGUUGCAGACGUCGCUCCUCUCUCCGCCACGCACUCGCACCACCCCAAGUCCCGCUCCCGAGCGGAAUUGGCCAAGGUGGCCGACUACAUCAAACAGCAAAUGGCCGUUCAAAAGAAGAAGACGUCGUUCACGACCCACGACGUGUUACAAGCCCUGGGCAGGAAAUUCCCUGACUUGAGUGACACUGACCUCUUGGCGUGGGGCGAGGCCUUAGUGUCUGCCCAGCUAUUGCUCGGCCCUUCCACUGCGUUUAAGGACACUACAACGAUCUCGUCGUUGCGCCUUCCAGACAAACUAGCCAAGAAACUCAGUGCCUCGGACAGGUCCAAACUCAGCGACCUCAUGAGCUCCCCCGACUUUGACGCCAAAGCAUACGCAGAAUCAUUUCUCAAGCGCAAUCCGCCCGACAAAAUCGACAGCCACUGCCACGUGCUCUUGGAUCAAAAGGACGUGAUCAUCCACGAACUCAAAGCGGACAUUUGCGCCAACUACACGACCUUCUUGGCCGCAUCCACGGAGAUCCGGCACAUGGAAAACCACGUCAGUCUCAUGCGCGCCGCGAUCGUCGACUGCAAACGCGCGCUUCAGUUGCUGCAAAGUCGUCCCACAUGCAUUCCUGCCAUUGUGUCGUCGAAUCAUUGCUCAGCAACGUCGUUGGAAUCGCCUGCUUGUCCACACAAUUCGCUUGGGGAGGGGGGAGUGGUGGUUCACGUACCUGGCCGUUCGCCCUGCACAGCUGCGACCUCCGCCUUGUCGGCUUCCCAUAAUAAUAAUAUUAAUAUUGAGCAGCAACGCCUCCAGGAUGCACGGGAUGACUUGGCGCAUAGCUUGGACAUGCACUUGUUUGAAAACGACUUGGACGCGUUUGUACAUCUUGUCGUGGCUGCCAAGGCCAACCCUGACGUGGCCGAGGUGGUGGCGUCCGCAGUCGAUCGGUUUGUGCGGCAUGUGGCGGGUGUCGACGGCGCGCACCGAGACCGACAUGUGCUGCAUCUGCUUGAGCUGGACCAAGUCGUACCCGCGACCGCCUUGUGUCUGGACGGGUACGCGCGUCGCAUGGUGAGCCAGGUGCACCACGUCACAGCCACGGGACACGUGGAGGCGUAUGUGCUGGCGCUGUCCCGCGCCGUGUUUACGACGCUGCUCAUGUGCUACCAAGACUUUCUCGUCGUGUUUCACGGACACAAGAGUGGUCCAUUCGUGUCGUUUACGAUGUGGAUGACGGACCAGCUGAGUCAUUUUGCGACCCAAGUGACUUUGCACGUGUUUGAGUGCAGCCCACCACCACCAUCCAUUUUGUCCCCCAUCUCGCCAUCGUCUGUGACAAAGGACGUGGUCGAGUUCAAAGCAGCCACAAAAACCAUCGCAACGUGCCUUCGCAAAGUCUUUUACGGCGCGCGUCAGCUCGAGCUCGCGGGGCUGCCCAUCGCCACGUACCUGGCGCCGCAUUUUCAGCUCCCGCUGCAGCACUACAUUCGGUCAUAUGUGAAAACGAUCAAGUGGAAAACCAAAGACGAAGUCAAGCGCGAGCGGUGGGAACUUGUUACGAUGACGCUUCGGAGCGACGACAAGCACAAGGACGUGGCGAUGGUCAAGAGCGCGCGCGUAUUUGCAGGGUACGUUCAGCAGUACCUGCGGGACAUGGUCAAGCUCGUGCACCCGUCGUGUGCGUCGUCGCACCUCCCGGAGAUCCACCUCUCGAUUUUGUACGAAAGCGAGCUCGUGGUUGUCCAGUACAUGCAAGACAUCAAGGCGGUGGUGGACAACCCAAAAACCACCACGUCAAUUAAGUAUGCACAGGUGGUGAGUAUGCUCCUCACAUUGCAAUACAUUGAACAAGACAUUUUCCCACGGGUACAAGAGGUGCUUCAAGGCGUGUGUCCCUCGUCGCAGAUCGAAAAAGCGUCGUUCGGGUCCAAGGUAGUUACAAUUAUAUAUAUAUAUAUCAGUCUGUCUGCGACAUGGUUUUUCUCUCGACUGAAUGUGAUAUAAGACGUUUCUUACGAGUUCUGAAACGUCCAAGGUGCGUUCGUUAAGCGACGAGAUUGCGAGCGUGGCGCUGGUGCGACUGGCCAAAGCGCUAGUGGGCAACAGCAUGCGGUGGCCAGAGCUCCAUUUGGGCCAAGAAACCCUGCCCAAUGAUGGCGCCAAGUCGAUGUUCGUUACGAACGUUCAAAACGAUUUGUCCACUGUCCCGCCUGAUCACCUUGAACAAAUCGUGGUACUAUUCAUUGUUCUGGCCAUAUCUUUCCUGUAUCUUUGUAUGGUUUUAUGUGGGUUUGGUGGUUUGAUGGAGUACUUAGCGACAUGCCGAGGAAGGCGAUGACGUGGCAGCGAGACUGGUCGACUUGAUGUUGAUGGAAAUCGCCAACGACGACGUGACGUGGACGGCAAAGGCGAAGGCAGUGGGCAGUGGUGGCGCCAGUCAGUUCCUCGCCGAGGUCCGGAUGCUGUCGAACGAUGCCAAAACAGUGCACUUGAUCGAGCAAAAGCUGCGGCAGGCCAUGUCCAUCUGUCCUACCGGCGGGAAAAAGCCGCCGACGCUGGCGCCAGAUGCAUGGUUCGCGCAGUACCAAGUGGCGAUCGCGGCCAAGACUUAACAUUGCCUGACACAUGCUAGUGGAUGAGUGUUGUAGGAGGGGCCAAUCUGAAUGACAACCCUUGUAAACGUACGGCCCAUACCUGUAGGAGCAAAGAACGAUUCCCUUGUCAUAGAAUACUGUGCGAAGGACUAGAACUACCUAGUAACGUUAUGGUAGAUGCUCGCAGUAGAGUAUUGGCUUGCAUAACCACUCAUGUGUUCGCAC